CCGGAUCCGGUGCCCAGACCCAAGCCCCUCACUGCUCCAUGGACACCCCCAGCCCAGGCCCGUUGCCUUCGCCUUUGCCCGAGGAGGAAGAGAAACCUCUGGCCUUACUUCCUCCUGUUCCCCGGGGCCGCCGGGGCCGACCUCCCGGGGGAGCUCCCUCCUGCCACCGGAAGCUCAAGUCCUCACUCCCCCGAAAGCGGGGCCGUCCCCCCAAGUCCGGGCCCGAGCUCCCGCUAGCACAGGGGCUGCCGGCAGCGGUGGACAGCGGCAGUGGCGGUGGCGGCGGCAGCGACCUCCUGCUGAUCGAUGACCAGGGCGUGCCCUACACCGUCUCGGAGGGCUUGGUGGCCGCCGGGCCGCAGGUCUCCGGCCCCCGGAGGGCCCCGCAUUUCUGCCCGGUGUGCCUGAGGGCCUUCCCCUACCUCUCCGACCUGGAGCGCCACAGCAUCUCGCACUCGGAGCUGAAGCCACACGAGUGCAAAGACUGUGGCAAGACCUUCAAGCGGUCCAGCCACCUGCGGCGACACUGCAACAUCCACGCAGGGCUGCGGCCCUUCCUGUGCGCGCUGUGCCCGCGCCGCUUCCGCGAGGCCGGCGAGCUGGCGCACCACCACCGCGUGCACUCGGGCGAGCGCCCCUACCAGUGCCCCGUGUGCCGCCUGCGCUUCACCGAAGCCAACACGCUUCGGCGCCACUCCAAGCGCAAGCACCCCGAGGCCCUGGGGCUGCCCGCGUGUCGCCCAGAUCCGAGGCCAGAGCCGCCGUGGGACGAUGAGGGCAUCCCGGCCACCGAGGGCGCGCACGAGGAGGGCCCCGAGGGGAAUGAGCCCGCUUGACCCGCGACCCUGGCCGCCGACCCCCAGUUCAGGCCCGCAGCCCGGAGCUCAGCUGGGGAUGGGGCUGGACCUGGGCCCGCAGGCCAGGGCACCCGCGCUCCCGGUGGCUCGCCCGCUGUGGGAGGGGGUGGAGGGCAGGGACCUAGACGCGCUGCUGCGUCCUGGCGCCGGCCCGCGGAUUCCCAGGCCCGCGGAGACACCGGCCGUGGAAAUAAAGCCUGCCUGCUGGCCCCGUG